GGCGUUAAUACCCGAGCGCGGCCGCUGGGCGGCGCUGGAGCGGAAACACCGCCCGCGGGGAAUGCAGCUGUCCGGUCUGAUUUGUUGACCCAAGUGUGGACUGUGGGUAAGGUCAGCGAGUCAUGGCUGGCUUCAGGCAGGAGGAUGUGGAGAAGUUCUAUGAGAUGGGGGAGGAGCUAGGCAGUGGUCAGUUCGCCAUUGUCCGUAAGUGUCGUGAGAAAAGCACGGGUGCAGAGUAUGCCGCCAAGUUUAUCAAGAAACGCCGCCUGUCGUCCAGCCGACGUGGCGUGAGCCGGGAGGAGAUCGAGCGAGAGGUGAACAUCCUGAGGGAGAUCCAGCACAGUAACAUCAUUACUCUGCACGACAUCUUUGAGAACAAGACUGACGUCAUCCUCAUUCUGGAACUGGUGUCCGGUGGGGAGCUCUUCGACUUCCUGGCUGAGAAGGAGUCCCUGACUGAGGAGGAGGCCACACAGUUUCUCAAGCAGAUCCUGGAUGGAGUUCACUAUCUGCACUCCAAACACAUUGCCCACUUUGAUCUCAAGCCAGAGAACAUCAUGCUGCUGGAUAAGAACGUUCCCAACCCCAGGAUCAAGUUGAUAGAUUUUGGCAUUGCUCACCAGAUAAAAGCAGGAAAUGAAUUUAAAAACAUCUUUGGGACUCCAGAGUUUGUUGCUCCAGAGAUUGUGAAUUAUGAACCCCUGGGUCUGGAAGCAGACAUGUGGAGCAUUGGGGUUAUUACAUACAUCCUGUUGAGUGGAGCAUCUCCUUUUCUUGGGGAGACUAAACAGGAAACUCUGACUAACAUCUCUGCAGUUAACUAUGACUUUGAUGAGGAAUAUUUCAGCAACACCAGUGAACUGGCCAAAGACUUCAUCCGCAGGCUUUUGGUCAAAGAUCCCAAAAAGCGAAUGACUAUUGAGGACAGUCUGGAGCAUCCCUGGAUUAAGGUGAUUAAGCGACGCAAUGUGCGUCAGGAGGACAGUGGGCGGCGGCCAGAGCGUAGGAGGCUGAAGACCACGCGACUGAAGGAGUACACCAUAAAAUCUCACUCCAGCAUGCCCCCCAACAACACGUAUGUCAACUUUGAGCGCUUCUCACAUGUGCUGGAGGAGAUCGGGUCGGCUGAGGAGGGCCUGCGGAGGCUGCAGCAGAGCCAGCGCUCCUGCAGGGAUGAUGUGGCUGCACUGCGCUCCAUAUAUGAGGAGAAGGAGGGUUGGUACCGCGAGGAGAGCGAGAGCGUGGCAACCGAGCUGAGCCGGGUCCGAGCCGAGCUGCAGCGGGCUCAGGCACAGCGCAGGCAGAGCCAGGAGGAGGCCCGGGCUGCCACGCUGGCUGCUAAUGCACUGAAGCGCCGAUUUGGCCGUUUGGAGACCCGUUACGAGACGCUGGCCCAGCAGGUGGCAGCAGAGGUGCGCUGGGUAGAGGAGCUGCUGAGGUCAGGCUCCAUUGAGUCAGAGGAGCGCAGCACUGGCCUGGCCUGAAGGCAUAAGUCCAUUACAGUGCAUGAGGUCCAGAUAUCUAGCAGAAACGCUGCAUGUGUCAUCAGCCAUGCUCAGAGCUAACCACCAGCCAGUAACAUCUCAUACCUGUGAUGAAACUUGUAACCGUUAAAGCGAUAGUUUUAAAGUGCCCAGUUUUUACUCCUCCUUCACUCAAAGACAAAAUUGUUUCAUGUAAUUUUACAUUUUGUGACUUAAAACAGUGGAAUACGUAUUUGUGCAAUGUAAAAUCGUCUACAAAAGGAGUUCCACUAGUGUUAACGAUUUAACUAGGCAGAGAAUAAUGUAAGCAUCAAAGCAGAUACAUACCUACAUUGCCUUUACUAAAGAACCAGUGCAAAGAACUCCCUUUAUUUUUUUAAACAGAAUACCGCAAAUGCAGUCAAUCAACCAACAGAUUUUCUUGUGUUUUGAAUCCGCACACAGCUUUGUUUUGGCUUUAGCAGUUGCAAUAAAAUAAUCCUGACACUGGGGGGCAAUGCAGCCCCUUCAGUACUCUCACGCCACUGUCAGUAUUUAAAUAUUGUUAAAAACAAUUUCAGUAAAUAGUAGCUUAAACUUUCUGAAUGAAUUCUGAUAGCAACAGCUUUAAUGAAUUAAUUUACAAAAUAAUUUAACUCGAUUUAAUUGAGGGAUGUUUUAAUUAUUUACAUUUUGUGGUAUACAUGUCCUUCACUAAAAAAAAAAAAAAAAACAAUAA